AGGCAAAGCGCUACGCCUGGAUUGUCCUAUCCUGUCGUUCCCCUCUCCUCCUCCCCUCUUUCGGUCAUAAUGAUGAGAGAUAGCGUCGAGGACUUCCCUAUGAAUGAGCCAAUUUCUCAAAGUCACGAAUUUUCCUCGUCUAUAAUUAGCGGUCCAGCUGGACUUUUCUAUUUAACCUCAAAUUAUCCCAAUUCGACAGCAACAGAUUUUAACCAAGAUGCAUGUUCAACUGCCAACUUUAAUGUCAAUGAUUAUCCUUCCGAGUCCCUCAAUGUUAUGUAUACGCUAUUCCAGGCAGGCAAAUUAUGUGACGUUACGUUGCGUGUAAAUUCAGAAAAAAUUCUUUGUCAUCGCAUUGUUCUCGCUGGUGCUUCACCAUAUUUCCGUGCUAUGUUCACCAAUGGUAUGCUCGAGGCUGAAAUGCCGGAAAUAAAUAUUCAUUACGUCUCUGCCUUAGCACUUGAUAGGCUUGUUCGCUUUGCAUACACUGGACAAAUUCAUGUAAAUGAACUUAAUGUCUGUGAAAUCCUUACUGCUGCUACCAUGCUACAGAUGUCUCAUGUUGUUGGUGCCUGCUCUACUUUUUUGGAAAAUCAAUUACACCCCUCAAAUGCCAUUGGAAUUGAGGAAUUUGCCCGGUCCAACGGAUGCAUUGUUCUUGCACAAAAAUCGCAAACUUAUAUAUAUAAAAAUUUUAGCGACAUUGUGAAGCAUGAUGAAUUUCUCUGUCUCAAGCUCUAUAAACUUAUUAACAUGAUCAAACGUGACGAACUAAGUGUCAAAACCGAAGCCGAAGUUUAUAAUGCAGUGAUACGUUGGGCAAACCAUGAUAGGGCCCAGAGAAUAAGUGGUCUUAUCGAAGCCCUCUCCUUUGUCAGAUGCCACAAUUUAUCUCCAACAUUUAUUCAAAGCCAAAUAAAAAAUUGCAGUCUUCUAGCGAGUGCAUGCCAAGCCAAAGAAUAUCUUCAGUGUAUUCUGAAUGAUUUAGUUCGGCAUAGGGGUGUUUCUGACAGAAGACGCACUGCUGGCUAUUCUCAGGUAAAAUGCCUUCGCAUUUGGAUCAUCUACUCAGCUGGAGGCUAUCUUCGGUUGUCCCUUAGCACCUUUGAAUGUUACAAUCCUUCUGGUACCUGGCACCAUCUUCCGAGCAUUCCGAGUCCCCGGAGUGGUUUAGCGGCAUGUUCAAUUCGUGGAUGUAUAUAUCUCGUGGGUGGGAGAAACAAUAAUGGAAUGGCCAAUGUUGACGCGCCGCACGUUGAUUGUUAUGACCCUGGAGUCAACAAAUGGCAUACUUGUGCUCCCAUGUCAGUACCCAGGAAUCGUGUGGCCGUCGGUAUAAUAGAUGAUAUGAUCUAUGCAAUUGGUGGAUCGACAAAUACGAUGCAUCAUAAUACUGGCGAAAAGUAA